GGGGCCGCGAUGCGUCUCCUGCGGUGCCUCCUGAAGGGCCGCUCGGCGCUGGCCGGGGCGCCGAAGUACAUCGAGCACUUCAGCAAGUUCUCGCCGUCGCCGCUCUCCAUGAAGCAGUUCCUCGACUUUGGAUCCAGCAAUGCUUGCGAGAAAACCUCCUUCACGUUCCUGCGCCAGGAGCUCCCCGUCCGGCUGGCCAACAUCAUGAAGGAAAUCAAUCUCCUCCCGGACCGCGUGCUGAGCACCCCCUCCGUCCAGCUGGUGCAGAGCUGGUAUGUGCAGAGCUUGCUGGACAUCAUGGUGUUCCUGGAUAAGGACCCUGAGGACCAAGGGACACUGGGACAGUUCACGGACGCCUUGGUCACCAUCCGGAACCGCCACAACGACGUGGUUCCCACUAUGGCGCAAGGUGUGAUCGAGUACAAGGAGGCUUAUGGGGACGACCCAGUCUCCAACCAGAACAUCCAGUACUUCCUGGAUCGUUUCUACCUUAGCCGAAUCUCCAUCCGCAUGCUGAUCAAUCAACACACCUUGAUUUUUGACGGCAGCACCAACCCGGCCCACCCCAAGCACAUCGGCAGCAUCGAUCCCCACUGCAACGUCUCAGAGGUGGUCAGAGAUGCUUAUGACAUGGCCAAGCUCCUUUGUGACAAGUACUACUUGGCAUCUCCAGAGCUAGAGAUCCAGGAAGUGAAUGACACAGGAACAGGACCUCACUCUUGGCCCACAAAUCAUCCCGACCAGCCUAUCCACAUGGUCUAUGUCCCCUCUCACUUGUACCACAUGCUCUUCGAGCUGUUCAAGAACGCCAUGAGGGCCACCGUGGAAAGCCACGAGUCCAGCCUCACGUUGCCAUCCAUCAAGGUGAUGGUGUCCCUGGGGCAAGAGGAUCUUUCUAUCCGGAUGAGCGACCGAGGAGGCGGGGUUCCUCUUCGCAAGAUCGAACGCCUCUUCAGCUACAUGUAUUCCACAGCACCCAAACCAGAACUGGGCACCGGUGGGACGCCCCUGGCUGGCUUUGGUUACGGGCUCCCUAUUUCCAGACUCUACGCCAAGUAUUUCCAAGGUGAUCUUCAGCUCUUCUCCAUGGAAGGCUUUGGGACAGAUGCUGUCAUCUAUUUGAAGGCCUUGUCGACUGACUCAGUGGAGCGGCUGCCCGUGUACAACAAGUCGGCGUGGCGCCACUACCAAACGAGCCAGGAGGCCGACGACUGGUGCGUGCCCAGCACGGAACCGAAAAACACUUCCACCUACCGGGUGACCUAAGGCCUCGCCUUUGUUUCUCGGUGGCGAGGGCCU